UUAAUCUGUUCUUUAGCUUAUAUGUGCUAGCAUUUAGCACUUAUCUGCUAGCAUUCAGCAUUUAUUUACUACCAUUUAAUGUUUAUCUGCUAACUUGUAGCUUUUAUCUGCUAGCAUUUAGCAUUUAUCUGCUUGUAGCUUUUAUCUGCUAGCGUUGGUCUUUGCUCUGCAAGCAUUUUACUUUUAUCCACUAGUGGUUAGUUGGGUCAUCUGCUAACAGUUGCUGGAUUUUGGAGGAUGAUUUGUGUCACAAAGUGAUGACUUAGCGGCAAACAACAAGUGGAGUUUGGGACGUGUGUGUGCGUGUGUGUGCGUGUGUGUGUGUGUGGAGAAAACCCCACCUCCCCCAUUUCCCACUGUUGCCCUCUAGUGGUCAAUAUACCUGAAACACGACACCCCCUUCCGCACACAGAGUAUGUGAUUAUACUUAUACACAUAUGUACACAUGUCAUCCUUGGCAUCAUUAAUUCAUGCUUUGACCUUGUCAGAUGUCCUCGGUGACCUUUAACCCUGUCCACACUCGACAAACGUAAGUUCUAAACGUAUUUUAGUACAGCAUCCCCAAGGCCAAAUACUCCUCCUAAACAUGACUGAAUUCUGUGAAACAAGUUAAAAUGCAUUUCUUUAUCCAGAUUCUCACCACAACCACAUUUCCUUUCUUUUAUUCCUUUUCUCUUUUUGUGUGUUGAAAAACAAAUGUGCUAAAUUGCAGUUGCUGAUAGAGAUGAUUUGUAUAAAAUGUAAGUAGAGUCAAGAUCAAUGAAAGUGUUCCAAUUAAAAAUGACAUGUCAGCACAAUGACUUUCUGUGCUGUCAGUGUCCUCCUACAUGUUGUUGAAGAAGUUGAAGAUGACAUGAGAGCUGAGGAAGGUUCCAGGAGGAGGUGUGUGGAUGCAGGAGGAGGUUCUGGCUGAGAGGAGGCUGGACCUUGUGUGAGCUCCACGAGGAGGAGGAGGAGGAUGAAGGUGUGUUCGUUGCAGAGAGAGAGAGUCGUCAGACAUUCAGCAUCAAUGAAGCUGAGAGGACUUUCUCCUGGAACUUCUCUGGACUCUUUUCUGUGUGGACUCUAAAGGAUUCUAACUAGAGGUUCGUCUUCUUCCAGAGGUUCUGCUGCAGUUCUUUGGUUAUUUUAUUUUUUAUUUUUUGGUUGUCGUCAUGCUGGCUGCUUCCAGUCAUUGGUGCGUCCGUCCAAAGACUGCCUCGUCUCCGCGUUGCUUGUCGGUACCAGCCGGACCCACCGUGGACGUGUUCUUCGCCCAGUGUGUGGAAUAAAGCGCAGUGUUAUUCCCGAGGUUCGCUGGGUCGGUUGCGGUGGUUCUGAGGAUGUCGCUCGGCCGUUUGGACCUGAUCUCCACCUGCCGGCUCGUCCUUUGCUCGCUGCUGCUGCUCCAGGCGGUCCUGCCCGCCGCACCGCUCAUCACAGGUACAGAGGCCAGCUGUGAGAACGAAGGUGAGGUCCUGCACAUCCCAAACAUCACUGACAACCCCUGCAUCACCUGCGUAUGCCUGGAGGGCAAGGCCGACUGCAAGCAGGAAAAAUGUCCGCCCGUGUCAGAAGAUUGUGCUCUGGUGGUCAAACAAACCGGAGCGUGCUGCGAGAGGUGCAAAGGUUGCAUGCUGGAUGGACGAGCCUACAACAGCUCUGUGUCCUGGACCAGUGCCGCCAAGCCCUGUGUGACACGACGCUGCCAGGAAGGUGUCAUCACGGAAGCAGAGGUGCAGUGUGUGGUCCACUGCAAGAAUCCAAAGAUCCAUCCGAAGAAGUGCUGCCCUACCUGCCCUGGUUGUAUCUUCGAGGGUCGUCUGUUCAAAGAGAAGGAAGAGUUCAGUCCAGAAGGCAAACCAUGCAUCAAGUGUACCUGCACUGGGGCACGGACUCUCUGCAAGAGGGAGGCGUGUCCUGUCCUUUCCUGCCCCGCCCACCUCAGCCACACCCCUCCAGGACAGUGCUGUCCCAAAUGUCUUGGUCAAAGGAAGGUGUUUGACUUAUCUCAGGGAAGUUGUCUCUUCCACAGCGAGGUCUUUGAGAACGGCACAUCCUUCCUCCAUGACAACUGCACCACAUGCACAUGCAAGGACUCCACUGUGGUGUGCAGGAGGCGGUGCUCGCGGCCGGGCAGUUGCCGUGGAGACCACUGCUGUGAGGAGUGCUUGUCCUAUGUGAAGAUGGAGGAGGUGAAGUACUGCAGAGUCCGCAACAAAAUCUACAGGGAAGGAGACAUGUGGUCGUCAGUCAACUGCACGUUGUGUGCAUGCGUGAACGGAAUCGUGGAGUGUCGGCCCAAACAGUGUGUACCCAUCACAAGCUGCCCCUCGAACAAGAUCCUGAACCGAACCGGCUGCUGCCCAGUCUGCACUGAAAAGCCGGGAGUGUGUACGGUGUUUGGCGACCCGCACUACAACACCUUCGAUGGCAGAACUUUUAAUUUUCAAGGAACAUGUCAGUACGUGUUGACUCAGGACUGUGGCGGAGUCCCAUCAGCAAGCCCUGGAAGCAACACCCUCAACAACCCCGACCCCAGCUUCACGGUGUUGGUGAAAAACGAUGCUCGGCGUACUCAUUCCUUCUCUUGGACUCAGUCAGUGGAGGUGAGGCUGGGGACUCUGGUCCUCGGCCUUCAUCAGCACCUGACGGUCCGCAGGAACGGCACCCGCAUCGCGCUCCCCUACCACGGGCCGGGGGUGCACAUCGACCUAGAUGGUUACCUCCUCAAACUCACCACCAUCGCAGGUCUGGAGAUCACAUGGGACGGAGACAGUUUCGUGGAGGUGGUGGCCGCCCCCCACCUCCGCAGCCGCCUCUGUGGCCUGUGUGGCAACUAUAACGGCCACAAACGUGACGACACCAUGGGAGGAGACGGACACUUCAAGUUUGACGUGGACGAGUUCGCCGAGUCGUGGCGAGUGGAGGGCAACGACAUGUGUGCCCAGCCCCCACCGCAUCGCCGGCCCACGUCCUUCCUGUGUCCCGGCAGCGUCAAAGUCAAGUUCCGAGCUCACCGGGAAUGCCAGAAGAUCAAGUCGUGGGAGUUCCAGAAGUGUCACCGCGUGGUCGACUUCGGCCCGUUCUACAGAUCGUGUGUGACGGACAUGUGCGAAUGCCCCGUCCAUAAGAACUGCUACUGCGAGUCUUUCAUCGCCUACAGCCGAGCCUGCGAGCGAGAGGGCGUAUCUGUACUCUGGAGGCCUGAUGCCGCCUGUAUGGCCACGCAGUGUAAACACGGCGCCGUGUACGACACCUGUGGGCCGGGCUGCACCAAAACCUGUGACAACUGGAACGAGAUUGGGCCGUGCCACAAGCCCUGCGUGGCCGGCUGCCACUGUCCCGCUAACCUGGUGCUCUUCCAAGGACGCUGCAUCAAACCCAUUGCCUGCCCCGGGCGGUGACCUUAGUGACCCUGGUGGGAAGGCGGGGCUUGUGCGCUUGCUUUGGGGGCUAAACUACCCUAAAGAAAGCAUCUUGAACUGUGUACAGAGGAGAUACAGCACAGUACUCAGGGCCCAUGUGUUUUGGCGAGGAAUCCUGUUUAAAAAAAAAAAAAACACUCAGGAGAAGACUGUGGAGCGUUGUGGUCUACAACGUCUGAGAAUAUUCAAGAGCACCGUCACGGACCUUCAGGGAACAUUUGGACUCUUUGUGAGCCAACGUGGCGGCUUUGAGUGCCUCAUCCGAAGCUGGGCGUAGUCAAAGCUCACGGAACUGGAACGCACGGAACCGGACCAGACAUCAUGGUUUCAUACUGUAAGCUAGCCAGAUUUAUAAGAGCUUUUAUAGAAGUAUUGUUCUGAUUAUGAUGUGUUGAUACUGUUAAUUUAUAUAGCAAACGUGGUAGCACGAGCCAGAUGGUGGACAUAAUAAAUGAUCUAAAGGGAAACAAAGCUAUUUAUGUAUUUGUCGUGUACUUUUGUGUUACUGUUUGAAGAGAAAUGCCCAAAUGUGACUCUGUUGAAAAGUUUUCAGCUGAAAAGUACUGUAGUCUUGUUGUGCCAGCAAGAAAACCGAAGGUGUUCAUUUAAACCAAAUGACUUAUUUAAGACCGCCAAUAUAAUCUUUUAUCCAAGUUGA